GCGAGAAAUGGCACUUACCAUGAUCAAUAAGCAGUGGAAGAUCGUUGAUUCUGAAGAGCAGAGGAAGAUCCGUUUAGUAUUCUGAAGAUCUUCGUGCUGGUCUCGGAAAAUGUAUUCUAUCGCCUCUCCUUUCGCCGUCUAGAGGUCUUAUGGAGGAUGACGUACUAGGUAACGCGUGCAGAUCUGUCGAUGAAGAAAGUAGCCAAGUAAUGCCGAUCAUGAGCGAAUCGAUUGUAAAAAUGCACGCUUGAUCAUCUUCAUACUUACUCGGCUCGGUAGUUUUGCGAAGAACUUCUUCUACCUGUGAUCGCAGCAGAACAAAAAUGGGUACUUCGAGCAGAAUUUGUGACUGCACGACGGCACGAUGCCAGCAUAUGUAAGGUACUUUCCUUCUCUCGGUCAAAAAUCGACUCAUCUCCACUCGGUAUCAAAAUAAGUUCACCAAUUAUGAUGGUCAAGAACAUGGCCGGCGGAGGAUAAGAUACGUAUACUUAGCUCGGAAGAUUAACCUUAUCAAGAAAUAAAGCAAAGCCUCGUCUUGAACCAAUAAUAAAGCAACUACAUCACGAUAAUUCCAGUUGAAAAAUACAGCUCUGUGCGGGUCGUGUUCAACACCAGAGGUUAAACACCACCAACUACCGAUUGGCAAUUAGCCUCUCCUUUGACUCGCAUUUCUUUUUUCUUGAGUUUUACCUGCUCCCUUUUUACAUAGCUGUAGCAGAUUCCGGGUCUUCAUCGUCGAAAUUUAAUCUUAACACGCAAUAGAAUUAGAAGUAGAAAAUUAUUUAAAAAUUUUCGUCGAAAAACUACACCUCAAACACAACCUAGGAGAAAAAGAUGCUGAAAAGAGUAACACUAACGAAUGCUGUAGUAAUCACCACCUUGAGCAGCUGGACAUCUUUACUAGAGGGAUCGCAGGCAACCAAAUUUGUUCAACAUCAGCUUCUUCAGAACACGACUACUACAACUCUGUCGUCCCCUGUAGAUGAUGAAAUAAAAACCGCGGCUGGUGGUGAAGAACAAGAAAGUAGUAUUGAAGAAGAUAUUAAAACGACUCCCCCUGGUGCUCUGUACAGAAAGUAUCCCCACGAGCGACAGCCCCAGACACGAAAACCCAUGUUUCGCUUGGUCCACAAAGUUGUGGAUUGGACGCCGCUGCCGCCUCCGGUGAACUGGCUGAAGCUGCUUCCAAGCUACCGGGACGGGAACACGCUGAAUCGCAUCGAGCGACCACCUGUUUUGCAGGAGAAUUACCCCCUCGUUGCCGAAAUCUUCUGCCCCGCGGCCCCGAGCGGUCGCCCUGACGAGGCAGGCAUAGGCGGAGCAGCUCCAGAACCCCCCUCGUCGUCGCAAAAAGUAGAGGAUGUUGAGCAUGCGGCGGUGGAAGAAGUCGAGGACCAAGCAGCAGAUUCGCAAGCAAAGUCUGGGGGUUCUUUAAUGAAGAGCCCCGUUCAACAUUUUAUUGCACAGGGACAGGAUGAUGUUCUUGCAGGAGAAGUAGAAGCUGAGCCAAAAUUCAUCGCCCUCACAAUUGACGUAUGAACUGCAAAUAUGUCUGGGUCUGGAAAGAUCCAAGGUUUGUCAUGCUUGUCGGAAAUGACUCUCAAGUCUGUCAUGCACAUUACCCACAAGUCCCACUUUUCUGUCAUGCAGAAGCUCACUUUCUCAUGCAGAAAAGCCAAGACUGUAGCACCUCCAAAACUUGUCAUGCUUGCCUGUCAAAUGAGGCGUCCUCGUCUUUCGCGACUAGCAUUACAAGUUCCCAGACCCAGACAUAUUUGCAAUGCACAUGACGACGGACUGUGCAGCAACCCGGUGGACCCGGACGAGUGCCUUGCCACGGAGUAUCAGAACGAAAAAUCCCCCCUCGUCCCCAUAUCAAAACGAAGUUUCUGAUGCUGGAUUUGUGUACGCAAAUCAGAUUUGUCUUGCUGGCAAGGACCACUGCAGGCCCAUAUCAAGCCUGAGUAGACCACAGGUUUUGGCCUGGGCGCUUUGCAUGAUAGACGUCUACGCUGUAGGAGGUGCAACAGCAUGACAAACCGCCUGUAGAAUGCGGCGGCUGUCUAUGGGGUUGCCUUCAUGCAACACAGAGACGAUUUGUGGCCACAAAUCAGCAGCGCAAAUUUUCGAAAACGUGCCUGGUCAAUAUAUAUGGGGAGGGGGGAUUUUUCCUUUUGAUACUCCGGUUUUCGACCUCUUGAAAAAGUACAAUGCGACGGCAACCUUUUUUCUCGUGGAGGCCCAUUUGGAGUACGCAAACGCAGAUAGAGACCUGAAAAGACUAGUCCGAGACGGACACGAAAUGGCGAACCACGGACUGGUGGACAAGCCCAUGCACCGGCUGAGCAAGGACGAAUUCGAAAAAAGUCUGUUGCAGUGUAACACAGCACUGGAAAAGUACCUGUUGCCGGGUGGGGCUCCUGCUGGGGAGGAGGAUCCUCGUGAAGAUGUAGUUGAUGUUGCCAACAACAAGAAAAUGUUGGAUGAAAAACAAAAGUCUAAGCGUUUUGUCCAGCGGCGCAUCGACCUUUUCCGCAGCCCCAGCGCGAUGUACAGUGGGGCGAUGUCGGAAGUGCUUCGGAGACACCAGAUGCUGCACAUUCUCGGGGACACGUACUGCGACGACCUGAUGGUGAAAGACGCGGAUUGGGUGGCCGAGGCGACGCUGAAACAAGUGGCAAAGAACUGGCGGAGAUACAAUGGGAGUGAUAAGAAUCAAGAAAGGGUUCGUGGUAGUAAUAACGACAACAACGUCAGCAAAAAUCGCAAUAAUCCAACCGCCCCGAUCAGCAUUCUGAUCACGCACAUGCCGGAGCGCUCGCGGCGGCAGCACCUGCUGGAAGCGUUAGAUAAAAUCCUGUACAAAUUGGUGGUAGAGGAACACUACACCGUGCGGUCCGUUUCCGAAAUUUUGCAGACUGUAGUGGACAGAGGAGCAGCAGCAGAAGAAUCCGCGCGUGAGGACGUGGGGCAGAAGAGUAGCACAACUGGAGGAGGCCAUCUCGGCAAUUGUUUAUGAGUACACAACGACCCUGAUGAAAUUUUUACCUUCUUGUAACUGAAAAAAACCAACGCCCUCGAGAUGAAAUUCAGCUUUGAAGACAAAUUUCAUCAAGGCUACUCGAAACAAAAACAAAAACGAUAUUAACGAACGAGAUAUUUUUUCGCUUUUACUUCUUGGAACCAAGCGUUAUAGUGUCUGCGAGCGCUCGCGACCCGGUCUCCAAUGUAGGAGAUGAGAUCUACAAACCUUACUAACUAAAGUUUUACAAAUGCUCGGCAUUGCUCAGCUCCAGACCACACAACUACCCUUCCGCAGGUAGGGUUCAAACACUUCUACACUAGGAAUUUUUCAUCAUGCCAGGCAAAAACAGAAGCAUGCGAAAGGAACGUUCGCAUGAGACGAGGAGCAGGAUAAAGUUGAAAACUUCCGGGUACCACACCACGCGCUGAUUUUUCUAUGCCGCAGCAAAUGAUCCUGAUCGACGUAAAAUAAAACAAAGGCGAGAAAAUUCUAGGUCGUAAAAAACACCACAUCUUCGGAGCAGCACG